AGAAAGAAAUUUGAAGAAACAGCAAAGAAAGCUUCCAUUUUUUUCAUGCUUCUCUUUUACUGUAUGUACUGUAAGGCAUGCUUCUGAUGCCUCUUCCCAUCACCUACCAUUGAUAACUCCAUCCCUUCUUAUUAACCCCACCACCACCAUUUCCUCAUCCCAGAAUUGCAUAUGCUUCUUCUUUUUUCUUCUCUUCUCCAAUCCCCUCUUGACUAAUUUGCACCACAAGACGCUCUGUGAUGUGACAUUUUUUGGAUUUUCAGGAGGUUAAGAGAGCUUCCUAUGAGCUUGGAUUCACACCCACUUGCCAAUUGAGGAAUCCCAGGAAGGAAAACCAACGAAAGUUGAGAUUUUCACAAUGGGGCUGAUUUGGGUAUGCGGCGAUGGACUAUCUUCCAAGUGACUCUUUUUGGAAUUCUUUUGAUAAGAGAUCUGGGCUUGAUUUUGUUUCAUUUCUCAAGGAGGAGACUGAAGAAGGCAGCUCAGAUUGGUUUCAAAGGAAGAUGACUGGAUUUUAUGUCUGUGCUGAAAGACGUGAAACUUCUCACAUGAUCAGAUAGCUAUUCAAAGCAGAAAUGGCGUCGGAUCUUAAUGAGGGAUUAUCUAAAAAGACAUUUGUUUUCGGUUUGAAGGUCUGGGUAUUAACAGGGAUCUUUGUUGGGGUGUUCAUUGUAAUUAUCCUGCUGGUGCUAUCAAUAUGCCUAACUUCAAGAAAACGAUCGAGAAAAAAUAAUGAUAUGCUUCCCCUUUGCCAAAUUCCAAAUGUUUCAAAGGAAAUCAAAGAGAUUAAAAUAGAUCAAGUUUCAGCAAGUAAUUAUGCUCACCAUAAUGGAAAUUUUCUCACCCUAAAUGAUAAAUUUAGUGAUAGAGAGUCUGAGAAAGUUUUGAUUAAUUCAAAGACUGGAGAUAGUAGCAGUCAAUCAGGCUCUUUUACUAGAAUAGAGAAGGAAGGUGGUGGUGGUGCUGGUUGUCAAUCUGGUGAAGGGGGUGGUGGCGGGAAAGUUUCAGUUCAGAGACCUUCAUUGCGCCCUAUAACUGCCCCAUCUCCUCUCUCUGGUCUUCCUGAAUUCUCUCACCUUGGUUGGGGUCACUGGUUUACACUUAGGGACUUGGAACUUGCAACAAAGCGUUUUUCCAAGGAAAAUAUCAUUGGUGAGGGUGGAUAUGGUAUUGUUUAUCGAGGUCAUCUGAUUAAUGGGACUCCUGUGGCUGUCAAGAAGCUUCUCAAUAAUCUUGGACAAGCGGAGAAGGAAUUUAGAGUAGAAGUUGAGGCUAUUGGGCAUGUACGGCAUAAGAACCUGGUUCGACUUUUGGGAUAUUGCAUUGAAGGCACCAACAGGUUGUUGGUGUAUGAGUAUGUGAACAAUGGCAAUUUGGAGCAAUGGCUCCAUGGAGCUAUGCGUCAACAUGGUUGUCUUACUUGGGAAGCGCGAAUGAAAGUGCUCCUUGGCACUGCUAAAGCGUUGGCUUAUCUGCAUGAGGCAAUUGAGCCAAAAGUUGUGCAUCGAGACAUCAAGUCAAGCAAUAUCUUGCUUGAUGAUGACUUCAACGCUAAGAUAUCAGAUUUUGGUCUGGCAAAGUUGCUAGGUGCUGGAAAAAGUCAUAUUACUACUAGAGUUAUGGGCACCUUUGGAUAUGUUGCUCCAGAAUAUGCCAAUUCUGGCCUUUUAAAUGAGAAGAGUGAUGUUUAUAGCUUUGGUGUUGUUCUUUUGGAAGCUAUUACUGGAAGAGACCCAGUGGAUUAUGGUCGACCAGCACAUGAGGUAAAUCUGGUAGACUGGCUUAAGAUGAUGGUUGGAAGCAGGCGUUCAGAAGAGGUGGUAGAUCCAAACAUUGAAAUGAGGCCAUCAACAAGUAACGUUAAACGAGCACUGUUGACUGCUUUGAGGUGUGUUGAUCCUGAGGCCGACAGAAGACCUAAGAUGGGUCAAGUUGUUCGCAUGCUUGAGUCAGAGGAAUACCCAAUACCUCGAGAGGAUCGAAGACACAGGAGGAGUCAAGCAGGGAAUUCAGAGGCUGAGCGUCAGAGAGAGAAUUCUGAUACAGAUAGGAGUGACAAUCCAGAAGGGAGAUCUGGCAACAGAAGGAACAACCAUACAUAGAUAGUUAAAAGUUGGACAAGUCCAUUUUAGAGUCUAAUGAAUAGAAGAGGCCAUUGCAUUGCGUUUUCUCAAGCUUUGAAUUGAGACGAAGGAUGGUUGUUUUUCAAUUCCUAUAACUUGUGUCCAAAAGUGGCAUUAGAAUGGACGCCCUUUCCAUUGGUUGUGUGUACAGUUCUCCGCUCUUUUUCAAAUUUUGUUUCACGGCCCUAGCUCGUUUUAGCUCGGUGGGGAUUUACUAAUGAGCCCCCUUGUUAAGAGAAAAACACUACUAAAAGGGUAAAAAAGAGAGUUUAUUUUGUGGUUGUAUUCAAAGGCAAACUUGCUAGUUUUCUGGAUAUUGAAAUUUAUGAAAUAUAUAUAUAUAUAUAGUCAUUUUCACA